AUGAAUGAAAAAAUAGAAUUCACAGAAGUGCUAUUUAUCAUUGGACAGUCAAGUAUGCUUAUACUGCUUUUAUGUCUAAUUGGAUAUUGGUGUGCAAGGAUAGGAAUAAUAACAACAACAGUGCAAAAGGGUCUCUCAGAGCUAAUAAUAACCAUUUUAAUGCCAUCACUUUUAUUCUCACAAGUCGGAUCAGGAAUCGACGCUGUAGCAAUUAUUCAUCUAUGGCCAAUACCUGUUUUCCUCUAUCUUUUUGCGACGAUUAGUGGUUCUCUUGGUUUACUAGGUGGAAAGCUAUUCAGCUUUAACUCAACGGAAACUAAAUUUGUUACUGCUAGUAUCAUCUUUAAUAAUCUGACGCAUUUAUCGAUGGGAUUAAUACAGAAUCUCGGGACUACCGAAGCAAUGCAACUUUUGCUUUGGAACGAGCAAGAUACUCCCGAGAAAGCAAGAACUAGAGGUGUUUCUUAUACUCUGUUGGCGACAUUAAUUGGCAAUUUGUUGAGUCUUGGCACAUAUUUAUUACGAAAAGAACCACAAAACGAGGAUGAUGAAAAUAAUGAUCUUGCUAGAGCUCUUCAGGUUGAUGAAGAAUCAGCAAGAACAGCACAUAUAUCACGAAAAAUAGUAAAUGAAGGGUCAAUUAGCGAAUCCACACCUCUCCUUAACCCUGCUUCCUCUUCACACGCAAAAAACUUUUCAACUGCUUCCCGUAGAGUACGAGACGUGAUCUCAAACGUCGAGACAAUAAUGAAUCCACCGAUCUACGCAGCUAUAGCAGCAUUGAUUGUCGGCACAAACCCAUUUCUCAAGUCACUAUUCUUUGGUAAAAAUGCACCACUAUAUCCAAUAAUCACCAAAUCAAUGAUAUUUCUGGGAAACGCGUCAACACCCUUAACAUUACUUGUUCUCGGAGCACAAUUGAGUAAUUUGUCAAGAUCAAAAAGCGGAAAAAUGUUUUCGGCUAUUUCUUGGGUGAUGAUUGCCCGAUUCAUGAUUAUGCCGUUUAUAGGAAUCUCGUUAGUAAUGAUGACUCGUGGCUGGUUUCUGGACGAUCCAAUGUUUUGGUUUGUGUUGAUGAUGUUGGCUUCGGGUCCUUCUGCCAUUAAUUGUAUUAAUGUCACUCAGUUGACGGGGGCUUUUCAGGAAGAGAUGGCCGCUUUGUUAAUCUAUUCGUAUAUCGCAGUGAUACCAACAUUGACGGUUACUGUAAUGACAAUGUUUUAUCUUAUUCAUAAAACAAGUACAACACCCGCUGAUCUUAUUUCAUAG